UCAUGACUCCCGGUGCUGAUGAUGAUGAAUCUGCUGAUACUAGCAAUCCCUCUCUCACACUUUGAUGGCCGUCAUCGGCAUGCGAUUCUUUGCGCCCUCCGGUGAUAGAGACCUAGUAUCAUAGAGACAUCGGAAUAAUCAAGCAUCCUCUGCCUUCGACAAUGCCUCGCUUAUAAUGCGGCUUUACCGAACUCGACUCAUCAUCUUCUAAUCGCCCAUUGAGUCUUUUCGCCUCAUCCCCGUCGCCUCCCAUAAGCCGGGGCAGCAGGACCGUCCAUUCAAUGUCGGCCAGCAUCAUUAAAGACGCUCAGCUCAUCGAUGGCCCUGGUCUAGUCGGCGUCUUUAUGAAUGUGAUGUUGUAUGGAGUGCUUAUAACGCAGACAUUUUUCUACUUCACGACAUAUCCACGUGAUCCCAAGUGGCUCAAAUACUAUGUUGCCUUGCUUUUUUUCAUCGAUACCUUAAACACAAUCUUCAAUACGUGGUGGAUCUACAACGUUCUCGUCAACAACUUUGGAGUACUCGACAAAGUUGUCAGGGCAAACUGGCUUCUUGAGACCGAGGAAGCGUUUGCAGGCAUUAUUGGGAUGCAGGUCCAAUUGUUCUAUGCUUGGCGGAUCUACAAGCUUACAGGAUACAAAUUUCUUACUGGCAUCAUUGUUGGAACUUCGAUUAUUCAAUGCUUGGCUGGAAUCGGGACGGCAAUCAACAUCGCUAUUCAGCCUAUAUUUACGAAGUUUUCUUCUGAAAAGGACGUCGUCGUAAUUUGGCUGUCGGCCGCGGCCCUAACCGAUGUGCUGAUCGUGUCCGUGUUGACAUGGCACUUGCGGAGACAGCGAACAGGGUAUGCACAAACCGACACCAUCAUCUCCAGGUUAAUGCAGAUCACGAUGUCGAACGGGCUGUUGACGGCAAGUUUGCGUUAGCAACACUUAUUGCCUUUGUAUCUUCGACUGCUGGAUACCACCUGGGUAGGAGGACCAGCUGUCCUUUGCUCGCGCCUCGCCUGACUGCUAUCCAUCAGCAUUCAACUAUACGCUGUGCAAGCUAUAUGGAAAUUCUGUGAUGUCUAGCCUAAAUACUCGUGCGAUUCUCUUGUCCUCGAAGUUUGAAAGCCAAAGCAUACGGCUCCCGCCCACGACGAGGGUGAGUCCCGAACGCAAAUGUUUCGAUGUGCUGUCCGCCGAUUCUUUGACGUGUAAGACCGCAACGGACAUUGAGGACUUCAUUGCAAGUCCCGCCUAUAGGGCAACAAG